UGCCACUGUAAGGAACAAAAACAACAGGAAAAUACUGUCCCAUACGCAUAUCGAUAGCUAUAACGGCACUGCUUCCUCUACGGGGUGGACGGGAGGAGACUUGGGGCCGUGUUUUCGUUCUGGGCUCCUUCCCCGGCCUCAUUCUUUUGAAGAAACAAGCCGAAGGUCACCACAAUGUGGCAGUUUCCCCUGGCGCCCACCCCUGUCUUCUCACAAACCUCACCGCCUCUCAGUAUGGGCAGUGGUUUGGGAACUGUCGCAACUGCCCUUUCUGUGGCGGCGACAGUCAUGGGUCUGACAGCGAACGUAGAGAAAAAGAGAGACCGAUCCAGGGAAGGAGGGAGAAAACCCGGCCCACAUUUCAGCUGGUCUCCUUGUUUUGACUUAGCUGUAACUCUAGAGGGCAGAGCCUCUCAAUUGCCACCCAUGGUUCUUUUACCUGGCGUUUUAAAAAUAGCUCCCAGGUGAGAAAGGGAUCACGGAGGUCCUCAUUUGUUUUGACUCAUGCUCGACCCAAUAAGUAUAAAACGUUCUUCCCAGGAACAUUGUCUUGAGUGAUCCAAAGAAGAGGAACGCGCUGUCAUUAGCGAUGCUGAAAUCUCUCCAAAGUGACCUUCUUCACGAAGCGGACAGCAAAGACCUCAAAGUCGUUAUCAUCUCAGCGGAGGGGCCUGUCUUUUCUUCUGGGCAUGACUUAAAGGAGCUGACGGAUGAGCAGAGCCCGGAUUAUCAUGCCGAAGUAUUUCAGACCUGUUCUGAGGUCAUGAUGCUGAUCCAGAACCACCCGGUCCCCGUCAUCGCCAUGGUGAACGGCUUGGCCACCGCCGCCGGCUGUCAGCUGGUUGCCAGCUGUGACAUUGCCGUGGCGAGCGACAAGUCCUCUUUUGCCACUCCAGGUGUGAACAUUGGGCUCUUCUGCUCCACCCCUGCGGUUGCCUUGGGGAGAACAGUGCCGAGAAAGGUUGCCUUAGAAAUGCUUUUUACUGGGGAGCCCAUUUCCGCUCAGGAGGCCUUGCUGCACGGGCUGCUCAGCAGAGUAGUGCCGGAAGAGCAGCUGGAGGAAGAGACCAUGAGAAUCGCAAAGAAGAUUGCCUCCUUGAGCCGUCCUGUGGUGUCUUUGGGCAAGGCCACCUUCUACAAGCAGCUGCCCCAGGACCUUAGAACAGCCUACUACCUCACCUCCCAGACCAUGGUGGACAACGUGGCCCUGAGGGAUGGGCAGGAGGGAAUCAAGGCCUUCAUCCAGAAGAGAAAACCCAUCUGGUCACAGGACCUGGUGAUGUUCUUUCUGACCGCUAUUUUACUCAAUAUCAUGCCUGGUUACUGUGAGGAGAAGAGGUUCCACUUAGAAACCAUCCAUCUUUGCAGCAGGAAAGAGCUCAGUGAUAACGCAGCUGCAUUAGGGUUCUCUGAGAAUCAGAACAAGUAGGACAGUUGGACAGACAGAGAUCUUUAGAAAGAGAUGAAUCGUGAGGAACUGGCUCAUGCCCUUGUGGCAUCUGAGGGGGUCCCACCGUCUGCAGUGGGCAAACUGAAGAGCCGGCAGGCCUAGAGCUGGUGAUGAAGUUCACGGGCGGAGAGCCACGUCCGAAGGCCUGAAGCAGGAGCUUCUCAGGGCAGGAGAAGACGGACUGUCCGGGUUCCUGCAGUCACGCAGGACGUGAGAGAACCUUCCCUGCCUCCUGCUUUUUGUUCUGCUCACGCCCUCAACUGAUUGGAUGAGUUCCGCCCAUCUGGGGAGGGCAGUCCACUUUACUCAGUCUACCAAUUCAAAUGCUGAGGUCUUCCUGGAACCCUCACAGCCGCCCUCC